CGUGGAGCCGCUCCGCCUCCGGGCUCGGUUUGAAAUUCCGCGGGGGCCUAACGGCUCGCGGAGCCGCGACCCGGAGCAAGGCCGCCGGUGCUUGCGGGAGGUUGCUGCGCUCGGCCCUGCGUGGAGGUCUGGGGCCUCGACGCCCGGCUGCUUGGAGCGUCCGCCAUGAGGAGAAGUGAGGUGCUGGCGGAGGAGUCAAUAGUAUGUCUCCAGAAAGCUCUGAAUCACCUUCGGGAAAUAUGGGAAUUAAUUGGGAUUCCAGAGGACCAGCGGUUACAAAGAACGGAGGUUGUAAAGAAGCAUAUCAAGGACCUCCUGGAUAUGAUGAUUGCUGAAGAGGAGAGCCUGAAGGAAAGGCUCAUCAAAAGCAUAUCCAUCUGUCAAAAAGAGCUGAAUACCCUGUGCAGCGAGUUACAUGUCGAGCCAUUUCAGGAGGAAGGAGAGACGACCAUCUUGCAACUAGAAAAGGAUUUGCGCACUCAGGUAGAACUGAUGCGAAAACAGAAAAAGGAGAGAAAACAGGAACUGAAACUACUUCAGGAACAAGAUCAAGAACUGUGUGAAAUUCUUUGCCUGCCCCACUAUGACGUGGACAGCUCGUCCGUUCCCAGCCUAGAGGAGCUGAGCCAGUUCAGACAGCACGUGGCCACGUUGAGGGAGACAAAGGCCUCUAGACGUGAGGAGUUCGUCAACAUAAAGAGACAGAUCAUACUGUGUAUGGAAGAACUAGAUCACACCCCAGACACAAGCUUUGAAAGAGAUGUGGUCUGUGAAGAUGAAGAUGCCUUUUGUUUGUCUCUGGAGAAUAUCGCAACACUACAAAAGUUGCUACGGCAGCUGGAAAUGCGAAAGUCACAAAAUGAAGCAGUGUGUGAGGGUCUGCGGGCUCAAAUCCGAGAGCUCUGGGACAGGUUACAAAUACCUGCAGAAGAGAGAGAAGCUGUGGCCACGGUUAUGAGUGGGUCAAAGGCCAAGGUCAGGAAAGCGCUGCAAUUGGAAGUGGAUCGGUUGGAGGAACUGAAGAUGCAGAACAUGAAGAAAGUGAUUGAGGCGAUUCGAGUGGAGCUGGCUCAGUACUGGGACCAGUGUUUCUACAGCCAGGAGCAGAGACAGGCUUUUGCCCCUUACUAUGCUGAGGACUACACAGAAAAUCUGCUUCAGCUCCAUGAUGCCGAGAUCGUGCGGUUAAGAAACUACUAUGAGGUUCACAAAGAACUCUUUGAAGGUGUCCAGAAGUGGGAAGAAAGCUGGAGGCUUUUUUUGGAGUUUGAGAGAAAAGCUUCAGAUCCAAGUCGAUUUACAAACCGCGGAGGAAAUCUUCUAAAAGAAGAAAAGCAACGAGCCAAACUUCAAAAAAUACUCCCUAAGCUGGAAGAGGAGCUGAAGGCACGGAUUGAAAUGUGGGAACAGGAGCAUUCGCAGGCAUUUGUGGUGAAUGGGCAGAAAUUCAUGGAGUAUGUGACAGAACAAUGGGAGAUGCAUCGAAUGGAGAAGGAGCGAGCCAAGCAAGAGAGACAACUAAAGAACAAGAAGCAGACAGAGACAGAGAUGCUCUAUGGCAGUGCUCCCCGAACCCCCAGCAAGCGGCGAGGACUGGUACCCAACACACCGGGCAAAGUGCGCAAGCUGAACACUACCACCAUGUCCAACGCUACGGCCAACAGCAGCAUUCGGCCUGUCUUUGGGGGGACAAUCUACCGCUCCCCUGUGUCUCGACUUCCACCUUCUGGCAGCAAGCCGGUCGGCACUUCCACUUGUUCGGGGAAAAAAACGCCCCGUGCUGGCAGGCAUGGAGCCAACAAGGAGAACCUGGAGCUCAACGGCAGCAUCCUGAGUGGUGGGUACCCUGCCUCGGCCCCCCUCCAGCGCAACUUCAGCAUUAAUUCUGUUGCCAGCACCUAUUCUGAGUUUGCGAAGGAUCCGUCCCUCUCUGACAGCUCCACUGUCGGGCUUCAGCGAGAACUUUCAAAGGCUUCCAAAUCUGAUGCUACUUCUCGAAUCCUCAAUUCGACCAACAUCCAGUCCUGAGAGGCCCUGAGCGGUCAGCCAGCUGUGGCUUCCUGUGCCUAGACGAGAUCUAAUUAUCUAUGUGGCUUUCAUUUUUCUUGAGUUUAGGUGUGCUUGAGAAUCUGGACAGGUUCCACUACCACGGGCCUAACUUACACAAGUGAAUGAGUGUCACAGAGCAAAGUCCAUCAUAGGCUUAGUGGGUCUUCAAAGACUUGAUUUUGUUUUGACCCAAGAAAUACAUUAAAACUUAGUUCAUAGCAGUAAGUGCAAAUUUUAGCAUAUGGAACCUAAUUUUUUCUCUACCCCGUAAUUCUGCUUGCUGAAGCACGAGCAAGGGCGUGUCGUAUUUCACCACGGUGUGGGAAAAGGAGUGUGCCGGUCCUUGGGGUAGGGACCUGAAGCAAUAUUGGCUCGUAGGCUGUCACUAGUAAUUAACAUCUUUUUUGUUGAGGGACGCUGAGUUAACGCUCUGGCUACAGUAGCUUUGCUCUCACCUAAAGAUCUGUCUCCGCCACACAGGACAGCCUUCCUCCUGCUGAGGAUGUGUGUGUGUCAGAAGUGGAGAUGGCCUGACCUACUGCCAAAGAGGUGACAGGGAGGCUGGGAGCUCCUUUGUUAAACUGUGUACAGUUCUGUUAUUGUGCAAUGCCCUUUGUGGGGAUGUGUGUGUGAACACAUGCCUGUCUGAACUCUGUUUCUGCAGUUUUCCUCUGGGUUGAGUCCCCCCAUCCCUCUGCCCGCUAGGUCCGAGUUCAUCUACCCCGGCAGUUGCCGAGCUGGGAGGCUGUUUGGAUGGGUUGGGCCAUUUCUGUUGUGGAGAUCUGGAACUUUGCACAAAUCAGUAUUGGGGAGUUGUUUCUGCUCCAGCGUCCACAUCUUUACCUACCCUACUGAUCACUACUGCUCUCCCCAAAGCACUAUUUAUUCUUACCUUGUCUGCCUCUGUCAGCACGUUCAAUGGUUCUCAAAACUCACCAGCAUGGAUUUGGUCUGUGUCCGCCAUGCUGCUUAGACAUAUACAUGUCCUGUUUUUAAAAUAUAAAUAUAUUCUUAAAAAUAAAUUAAAAUGUGUAUACUUACCUUUCAAAAA